AUGCCUGUCAUCGGAGCGUUGGUGGACGCAUAUCCAACGUACGAGGACUUGGAGCAGGGCCAAAAUGCGACCACGGCCACGAUAGCCAAGCUUCUCUCACCUCUACCGCAAACAAAUACCACAAUUUAUUGCGUCGGGCUCAAUUACAGGAGCCACGCGAAAGAAGCAAAUCUCAAUGUCCCCGCCAACCCACCCGUAUGGACUAAGCCACCAGCGGCUCUAGCGUCGCCAAACGAAACCAUUCCCAUCAGUCGCUUCUGCGCCUCGAAUCUUCCAGACUGGGAGGGCGAGCUCGUCUUCGUCACCUCGCGCAAGUGUCGCAACGUCACACCCGAGGAAGCCUCCAAGUAUAUCCUCGGUUACACAAUUGGAAAUGACCUUUCGUGCCGCUUCUUCCAGCUCCCUGAGCAGUCCGGCGGCCAGUUUUUCUACGCGAAGGCGUUUGACAAGUUCGCCCCGAUCGGGCCGGUCCUUGUGAGCCCUAGUGUUUUUGCCAAGGAGAGGUCAUCGGCUAGCCUUGUUACCCGGAUCAAUGGAAAAGUGAUGCAGGACACGGUGAUUGAAAAGGAUAUGAUCUUUCCGCCGGAGAGGGUUCUCAGUUGGAUGAGUCAGAGCACGACCAUCCCGGCGUAUACGGUAGUCAUGACAGGAACCCCAGCGGGGGUAGGGGUAUUUCAGAAGCCGCGGCAGCUACUGAAAGAUGGGGACCAGAUCGAGGUUGAGAUUUCGGGACUGGGGACGCUGAAGAAUGUGGCGAGGUUUGAGGAGGGGCAGGAUUCUAUCAUGUGA